AUGCCCCCAAAAGCAGACAUGGCCCCCGUCUCGCGGGAGAGCAGGCCGAGCAUCGUCGGCCCCGAUAGUCCAGAGGAUCCAUACCCCAUGCAGUUGGAAGGCGCCGUCACCAAAGGUUUUGGCCGUGGUGCGAGGUUUCUCGGGAUUCCCACUGGCAAGUCACCGAACCUUCCAGAUGAAUCAUUAGAUCCUCUCAACUCCCUCGGUAUGACGGGUAUAUACUACGGCUACGCCCGUAUCCACCCUUCCACCUCCACCCCUCUCCCCUCCGCAUUCCCAACCCCCACCACAUCUCUCCCAGGAUCCAAAGCAUCCUCCCCCCCACCAGGCGGGGGGGUAGGUGGGGAGGUAUUGGAGCCGUUACCAACUGUGACGGCGCCUUACCCGCCCGAGCAUCAUGCGCAGAGGUGGAGUAAGGAGGAUGAAAAGGUGUGGCCGAUGGUGAUGAGUGUGGGGUGGAAUCCUUACUUCAACAAUGAAAAGAUCACUGCUGCAAGUCUUUCCCUCUUCUCUUCCGACUUUUAUGGGCAUCAUAUGAGCGUCCUCGUACUGGGCUACAUCCGCCCAGAGCUCAACUAUGUCUCCAAAGAGGCGUUGAUUGAAGAUAUCAAGACAGACGCUAGGGUCGCCUUGAACUCUCUUGCCCGGCCAGCUUACGCAGCUUUGGCCAAGGACAAGUUCUUGACAAAGGAAGCUUGA